UUCAACUUUAUUAAGGAAAAAUUAAGACCACAUUGAGCUAAUACUUUGAUUGUCAGACUACAAAACUAAGUAUUGGAGAAAAUGUGGAUCUGCUCACAGAGCCUCUUAAACGAUGAUGAUGGGAGUACAAAUUUGUGUAUUCACUUUAGGAAAAAGGUUUGAUGUUACCCACCAAAAUGGAGUGUUCAUAUACCCUGUUACCUGACAAUUUCACUUUUAGGUAUAGAUCCAAAUAGAUCAAAGCAAAGCUCUUGCACUCCCUGGUGGUUUAAUGGCUGAGGGGUGAAAGGCUCUUCCACAUCUAUCACAGGAGACACAUACAAGAAUGUUCAUAGCUGGCUGGGCGUGGUGGCUCACACCUGUAAUCCCAGCACUUUGGGAGGCUAAGGCGGGUGGAUCACCUGAGGUCAGGAGUUCAAGACCACCCUGGGCAACAUGGUGAAAACUUGUCUUUACUAAAAAUACAAAAAUUAGCCGGGAGUGGUGGCGGGCGCCUGUAGUCUCAGCUACUCAGGAGGCUGAGGCAGGAGAAUCGCUUGAAUGCGGGAGGCGGAGGUUGCAGUGAGCCGAGACUGCACCACUGCACUCCAGACUGGAUGACAGAGCAUGACUCCGUCUCAAAAAUAAAAAUAAAAAAUAAAAAAAAAGAAAGAAAGGUUAAAAAGAAAAAGAAUGUUCAUAGCAGCAUUAUUCACAAUAUAAAAACCUGGAAGCAACCCAAAUAUCCAUUAAUGAGAAAUCAGACAAAUGUAGAAUAUUUAUACACUGGAAUAUCAUAUAAUAGUCUAAAUGAAUGAAUGAUAUCCAUAAAAUAUGGCUGAAUCUUAUGUGUUACAUUAAGUGAAAAGUAGUCUCAAAAGAUUACAAGGACAUAAUUUUUUCCUUUGUAAUAGACUUUUUAGAGCAGUUUUAGGUUUAUAGAAAAAUUGUGCAUGAAGUACAGAGUUCCCAUGUGCCCUCUCUCCCAUUACAAACAUAGUUUCCCCUGUUAUUACUGUUUUAUAUUAGUGUUAACAAGUGUAUCAAUUGAUAAUUGAUAUAGACUUGUUAAUCAUAAUGUAUCAAUAUUGGUUCAUCAAUUCCAACAAACGUACAACUGAGGAACCACUAUUGAUACACUAUGAUUAACUGAAGUCCAUAGUUUACAUUAGGACUCACUUUGUGUGGCAUAGUUCUAUGGGUUUUGACAAAUGCAUAAGGUCAUGUAUCCACUAUGAGAAUAUCAUACUGAAUAAUUUCACUACCAGUAAAAAUGCCCUGUGCUCCACCUAUUCAUCCCUCUCUACUUCCCCGAUCCCCAGGCAACCACUGAGUUUUGCCUUUUCCAGAGAGUCAUAUAGUUAAAGUUGUAGCGUAUACAGCCUUUUCCAAAAGGCUUCUCUUGGCAAUAUACAUUUAACAUUGCUCCAUGUCUUUUUGUAGCUUGAUAGCUGUAUUAGUCUGUUUUCACACUGCUGAUAAAGACACACCCCAGACUGGGAAGAAAAAGAGGUUUCAUUGGACUUAGAGUUCCACAUGGCUGGGAAAGCCUCAGAAUCAUGGUGGCAGCAAGAGAAAAUGAGGAAGAUGCAAAAGCGGAAACCCCUGAUAAAACCAUCAGAUCUCGUGAGACUUAUUCACUACCACGAGAACAGUCUUGGGGAAACCACCCCCAUGAUUCAAAUUAUCUCCCACCAGGUCCUUCCCACCACACGUGGGAAUUAUGGGAGUACAAUUCAAGAUGAGAUUGGGUGGGGAUACAGAGCCAAACCAUAUCAAUAGCUCUUUUGUAAAAAAUCACUGAACAAUAUUUCUUUGCAUGGAUGUACCACCUUGUACGACAGUUUAUCCCUUCACUUAUAUCAAGGACAUCUUAGUUGUUUCCAGUUUGGGAUGAUUAUGAACAAAGCUGCUAUAAACAUUUGUGUGCAGGUUUUUAUGUAAACAUGUUUUCAGUUCGUUUGGGUAAGUACCUAGGCAUUAUGUUUAGUUUUGUAAGGAACUGACAAACUGUCCUCCAAAGGGGCUAUAACAUUUUGCAGUCCUAGCAGCAAAGAAUGAUAGUUCCUGUUGCUUUUCAUACUCACCAGCACUUGGUGGUGUUAGUGUUUUGGAUUUUAACCUUAAUAAUUUCACUGCCAGUAAACAUGCCCAUUUUAACCAUUCUAGUUUGUAGUGGGCAUAUUCUUUUUACUAAGCUAAAAAACAACUCAAAUAUACAUGUAUAUACAUAUGAUUUUUAGGACUAUGUACAUGUGGAAUAAAACCUUGUAGAAGGAAAGCAAGAAAUAGUAAAGAGAGGAUUCAGAAAGAUGGUUACCCCAAGCGAAGGCAGGGGUGUGUUAGUGUGUGUAGGAGGUAUAGCAUAGAUACAGAUAUAAACUCGUGUCAUUAUACCUUUUUAGUGUGGUGGGUUUGUGGCUAUAAUCAAAACUAAAUUAAUAAAGGUGGGUGAGGUAAACUGAAUAAUGGUUCACCAAAGAUUUCUAUGUCCUAAUUCCCAGAAUUUGGGAAUGUUAUGCUAAAAGGGACUUUGCAGAUGUGAUUAAGAAUCUUGAGAUAAUCUUCGCCCAAAGUAAUCACAAAAGGUUCUUGUAAAUGAAAAGGGGUGGCAGGAGAAUCACGAUGUACGUACAGAGGCAGAGAAGAAAGAAGAUACUAUGCUUCUUUUCUUGAAGAUGGAGGAUGGGGCCAAGAGCCGAGGAAUGCAGGCAGCCUCUAGAAGCUGGAAAAGGCAAGGAACCAGCCUUGCCAACACCUUGAUUUUAGCCCAGUGUAACGGAUUUUGGACUUCUGACUUCCUGAAUUGUAAGAAAAUAAAUUCGUGUUGUUUUAAGUAUCUAAAUUUGCAGUAAUUUGUUACAGCAUCAACAGGAAACUAUGACAGCGGGCCAGGCAUGGAUUAAUGAAUUGGAUUAUAAUUAAAUCCAGUUCUACACCUAGGUCCAAUUAAAAACACAGACAAAACCUUUGAGUGGCUCCUCACUGCCUGGAAGAGAAAGCUCAAAUUCUUCAGCAUGAAAUAGAUUCUUGACAACACGGUUCUACAAGGUCCUCUCUAGCUUUAGUUCCCUUCCCUCCGCCCCAGUCCCGCCCCCAUCUCCAACCCAUACAUUUUAGCCAUGGGUCCCGGCGUCUGAGCCGUUUUGUUGUUCCCGCGGACUCUUAUGGGGCUCAACUCCUUUGCCGUGUCUCUAUGAAGUCUUUCAGGUUGAAAUUUCCUCCCCUGAAAAUUGACAACAUUAGGGCUUGCUGCAUGGUUGAUUCUGCUUUCAAGAUUAGGGUUCAGCGGCACGCAUAGGCAGAGCCACUUGCAGAGGUCGACAUGCACUUAGUACAUGUGGGCAGAAGCAACUCUUAAGCCAUUACUAACCGGAGCAGUUAAGUUCUGGCAAUGGGCUGAAAGAUCUUUCUUCAUCGCCACUCUUCACUAAGCUACAAGACCAAGUACUUUCUCCUGAAGGUACUUAGAGGAGGAAAAAAGCACACCAGGAACUGUUGAGGGGGGUGAGAAGACAAAUUCUACAGGGAUGCAGAGCUAGUUUGAACAUGGCUUCCCCCAUCUUCAUGCAAAACUGCGUUUCUAGCCCACAUGACUGAUGUCUGUAAACGCAACUUUAUGUCUGUGCACGUCUCUGCCCAAGGAUUUUUUUUUUAAACUCCAAGAAUACGGGGGCAGUUGGGCAAGUCAUUAUAACAGAGGGCUGCUCUUCUUACCCCACUAUCCGAUGAGAUACUUGAUAGGGAAACCUCUGAAACUUGUAAAGCAAUUUACAAGCAGGCCACCCGCUUGUAUUUAACAAAUAGGCUAGAAAUACCUAUUUGUGGGAAAACGCGUCCCCAAAACACCCCAACCCCUCCGGGUCCCCGCCAGCACAGCCUCUCUUCUGACUGUCGCGCGAAGCGGCGGUUGACUAACGCGGGCCAGCCGUUCUGAUGAACACAGGAGGGCCGGACGGGACUGCUGGCUCGGACACCACGCGGAGGCAGAGCGCUGCCUGAGCCGCAGUUGAAGAAACCGCUCUCGGUCUGGACGAAGGCGGAGCAGCAGCUCAGACUGGGCCAACAGAAGAGCCUUACAAUGCCAGGAGCAGUCCGAGGACAGCCCCCCGGCGCGAGGCACUCUGGGACUUGUAGUUCGCUUCCCAGACAGCGCUUUUUCCCACUUGGUCUCCCCGCCUUUCAAUGUCGCUUUUAUUCUUCCCUUUACCUCCCAGCCCGCCGACUUCCUGGUCGUCGCACGUCCUCACGUAUGACUACACUACCCAGAAGUCUCCUCUUCAAGUCCCAGCGCGGGCGGGCGCCGGCGGCUCCUCUUGACUACAGGUUCCAGAAGUCCUCUGCAGAAGUGCUUCCCUCUCUCAUUUCCAGGACCACAAUUCCCAGAGACUUCGGCUUCACGGCGUUUCUCUUUUUGCCCGAUCUCUCCUGGAGCUGGCUGGGCUUCGGCCGGCCAGAGGCCCACAGCGACGACGUGAUCCGUCGUGAGCGGGUCCCAGGGUUUCCUCGGCGGCCCUUUUUUCUCUCCCCUCGGUCGUCCCCCUUGCAGGCUGUCGCGGCUGGCCUGAGCGGUGACCUGGCGGGUCGCGCCUGCGCUCUGCCCUGUUUCCUGCCUGGCUGGUGGCGGCGGCCAUUUUGUUCAUCCUCCUCCUCCUCCUGCUCCUCCUGGUUGGAGCGCAGUGUCCGGAGCGGGCUGGGGGGAGAGAGCCCGAGAGCAGGGUUCGGUGCCUUUUCCUCUGUCCCCAGCCGGUGCCCAGAGCCCCCCUCCCCUUCCUCCCCACCCCCUCCCCUCCCCAACCCUGCCCUCCCCCUUGUCCCGGGAUCGCUCCGUCGCACCCACCAUGAUGGAAGACGACGGGCAGCCCCGGACUCUAUACGUAGGUAACCUUUCCAGAGAUGUGACAGAAGUCCUUAUACUUCAGUUGUUCAGUCAGAUUGGACCCUGUAAAAGCUGUAAAAUGAUAACAGAGCAACCCGAUAGCAGAAGGGUCAACUCUUCUGUUGGAUUUUCUGUUUUGCAGCAUACAAGCAAUGACCCAUAUUGCUUUGUGGAAUUUUAUGAACACAGAGAUGCAGCUGCUGCAUUAGCUGCUAUGAAUGGGAGAAAAAUUUUGGGAAAGGAGGUCAAAGUAAACUGGGCAACCACACCAAGUAGCCAGAAAAAAGAUACUUCCAAUCACUUCCAUGUGUUUGUUGGGGACUUGAGUCCAGAAAUUACAACAGAAGAUAUCAAAUCAGCAUUUGCCCCCUUUGGUAAAAUAUCGGAUGCCCGGGUAGUUAAAGACAUGGCAACUGGAAAAUCCAAAGGCUAUGGUUUUGUAUCUUUUUAUAACAAACUGGAUGCAGAAAAUGCGAUUGUGCAUAUGGGAGGUCAGUGGUUGGGUGGUCGUCAAAUCCGAACCAAUUGGGCCACACGUAAACCACCUGCACCUAAAAGUACACAAGAAAACAACACUAAGCAGUUGAGAUUUGAAGAUGUAGUAAACCAGUCAAGUCCAAAAAACUGUACUGUGUACUGUGGAGGAAUUGCAUCUGGGUUAACAGAUCAGCUUAUGAGACAGACAUUCUCACCAUUUGGACAAAUUAUGGAAAUAAGAGUUUUCCCAGAAAAGGGCUAUUCAUUUGUCAGAUUUUCCACCCAUGAAAGUGCAGCCCAUGCCAUUGUUUCGGUGAACGGUACUACGAUUGAAGGACAUGUGGUUAAAUGCUAUUGGGGUAAAGAAUCUCCUGAUAUGACUAAAAACUUCCAACAGGUCGACUAUAGUCAAUGGGGCCAAUGGAGCCAAGUGUAUGGAAACCCACAACAGUAUGGACAGUAUAUGGCAAAUGGGUGGCAAGUACCGCCUUAUGGAGUAUACGGGCAACCAUGGAAUCAACAAGGAUUUGGAGUAGAUCAAUCACCUUCUGCUGCUUGGAUGGGUGGAUUUGGUGCUCAGCCUCCCCAAGGACAAGCUCCUCCCCCUGUAAUACCUCCUCCUAACCAAGCCGGAUAUGGUAUGGCAAGUUACCAAACACAGUGAGCCAGGACUCUAAAAAAAAAAUUGUAAUUCAUGAUAGGCUUCGAUUUCCUGUGACACUCUGAAGACAUGAAAGUAGACAUCGGAAAAUGAAAAUAUUUAUUUUAAAAAUUGAAAUGUUUGGAACCUUUAGCACAGAUUUGCUUUGGUGAAGGACACAUGUCUUCUAGUUCUGCCUUUUUAAGUUUUUGUUCAUGAUGGAUAUGAACAUGAUUUUUCUUUGUGUACAAAAACUAAAAUAAAGUCAAUAAAGACAA